AUGGAGUCUUCAUUCGAUAUCAGCGACUCCACAGACUGGCUAGGAACACCGCUGCAAUUACUUGCUCCACUCGAAUCCGCGCUACGAUGUCAAGUCUGCAAGGACUUCUUCGAUACGCCUAUGAUAACAUCAUGUUCCCACACGUUCUGCUCACUUUGCAUCCGUCGCUCCCUCUCCGCCGAUAACAGAUGUCCCGUAUGCCGCGAAGGGGACCAAGUACUCAAGCUGCGUCGCAAUUGGGCGGUCUCAGAACUAUUGGAUGCGUUUAAGACUGCGCGGCCUGCUGUGUUGGAACUGGCCAAGAAAGAACAGGCACGGAUGGCUCGUGAAGAGGAUGGUGUGUCAGAGCAACCUCAGAAAAAGCGCAAGGUCGAUCAUUUGGAACAGCAACCGGAAGUCCCCUCGGUGGAGUCCAGUCCACAACAACGACAUCGGACAAGAUCGCGAAGAAGUGCAAAAGCUGUGCCUCAAGAGCGACAGGAAGUAAUUGAGGUCAUCGAAGAUAGUCAGGGCGAGGAUGAAGAAUAUAUUCCGGACGGCCUGGUAGAAUGCCCCAUCUGCCAAAGAAAAGUUAAAGCGGAAGCAGCAAACAGCCACGUGAAUAGGUGUCUUACGCAACAGGAAGCUUCGCCACAGAAAACACCACAGCGAACACCGCAGAGACCUCCAGCUUUUGGAAUCCUGCAACGCCCACAAAGUUCGCCAACCCACGACAUGGAAAGACUCCCCACAUUAAACUACGAUCUUAUGAAAGACGUGCAAUUGCGAAAGAAGUUUAGAGAACUUGGUAUUCCGGGAGAUGGCCCUAGGGACCUCAUGAAGAGGCGACACACUGAGUGGAUCAACCUGUGGAACGCAAACUGCGACUCCAGAACCCCGAAAUCGAAGAGACAACUGCUUCAUGAACUCAAAAUCUGGGAGACGACGCAGGGUGGAGGUUCCACAAUGACCACAUUGACGGAGAGGAAUGCCGUCAAUAGUAAAGACUUUAACGCAGCCAAAUGGUCUGCGGACCACAACGAUGACUUCUCACGAUUAAUUGCUAGUGCUCGUCGAAAGGCGGAUGCCCAGGUCAGAUCAACAAUCCCUGGCCCGUUGGUGCAGGGUGGGUCGCGGGCCGGGCCUCCGCCUGAUAGUGCGCCACAGCUGGAGGGGAGUUCUGGGCAAAACCCGGGUGACACAUAA